AUUUUGUUUCGUUUGAGCUUCACCACCAGAUAACCCCCCGCCAACAACAGUCCCGCGGCAUCUGGCCCCCCACGGGCUCCCGCGAAACCCAAUCGAGAGGCGUCCUGGACCGAGCUGUCGACGGCAACCUUCCGUAGCCAUGUCGUCCUUCGUCGAACGCACCGCCACGAGCAACAAGGCACAGCUCGCGGCCACGGCCCUGGUCUCCGGCGCCCUCGUCGCAACAGCGAUCCUUGGUUACCAGCGGGCCCAACAACACCACCACCACCAGCAGAACAACCCACGCCGCUCUCGACGCGCGAGCAGCGUCGCAGGCACGGCCACGCAGCCCAUCAGCCAUGGGAAGUCCGUUCCCCUCGACCAAGAAGAUCUGCGGAACCAGGCCCUCGCGCGGCGGGCACAGGCUGGCGACUACGACGACGAGCUGAUCCUCGAGCAACUCGCCCGGAACCGGGUCUUUCUCACGGACGGCGGCCUGGAAAAACUGCGCAACUCUUUCGUAGUGGUUGUGGGCUGCGGCGGCGUCGGGUCGCAUUGCACUGCGGCCCUCGCCCGCUCCGGUGUCUCCAAGAUCCGGCUUAUCGACUUUGACCAGGUCACUCUGAGCUCUCUGAACAGGCAUGCCGUCGCGACCCUGGCCGACGUCGGAAUCCCCAAGGUACAAUGCUUGCAGCGUCGCUUGGCGGCCAUUGCGCCUUGGGUACAGUUUGAUAUGCGUCAGGAGAAGUACUGGGAACCUGUCGCAGACCGGCUGCUUGAGACGUGGACAGGCACAGACCUGAAGCCAGACUUUGUGGUCGACGCCAUUGACAACAUCGACACCAAGGUCUCACUGCUCAAGUACUGUCACGACCAUGGGCUGCCUGUCAUAUCAGCGAUGGGCGCCGGGUGCAAGAGCGACCCGACCCGCAUCAUGGUGGGCGACAUAGGAAUCGGGACAGAUGAUAGGCUGUCGCGGGCCACGCGUAGGCGUUUGAAGCUACUCGGCAUCACAAAGGGCAUCCCAACCGUCUUCUCUACGGAGAAAACCGGAGACGGCAAGGCAGAACUUUUACCUCUGCCCGAGGACGAGUUCGCCAAGGGCAAGGUAGGAGAUCUAGGCGUCUUGCCUGAAUUCAGGGUGCGGAUAUUACCAGUGCUCGGCACGAUGCCUGCGGUCUUUGGCUACACGGUCGCUAACCAUGUCAUAUUGUCCAUCACUGGCUACCCAACAGACUAUGCGACUGCCAAGGGCAGAGACAAGCUCUAUGACGGUCUUCUCGCCGCGGUACAAGGUGGCGAGGAGAGGAUGCUCCGGCACCUGACCAACGGCGACGCGAGCGUGACCCUGGGUCUCAAGGUGCCCAUCACCCCGGCGGAUAUGGCCUUCCUGGCCGAGGACAUUUACAAGGCACGCAGUGCCAUUACGGGCCUUCCCACUCGGCUGACGCUCAUCCGGUGGAAGAAGCCCACAGGGACGACGCUCAUCCGCAUAGGCGAGGGUGCGGACGAGCAGAAGUCGUCGAACCUGAAACUGGGUGAUCUGGUCUGCAUGACCAAGGAAGAGGCCACGAGGCAUGACAAGCUGAUCCUGCGAGGUGAUCAGACCCAUGAAGACCUCUAUGACUCGGCUACGAUAUCGAAAGUCGAGGCUCUGAUGAACGAGGCUGCUUCGUAUGAGAAGUACAGAUAGCACUCCUGCUGGCAUGCAGACAAGAAAACAGGAAAAAAGAGCGCAGCCUACUGUCCCACCGCCUGAUUUUGACUGAG